GAUGCAUUGAUGUAACGGUGAUGCAGCGGUGAUGCAGUGAUGCAGCAGUGAUGCAGCGGUGAUGCAGCAGAGCACGUGGAGCGAUGGCCUGGCGUCCUGCGCGUGUCACAGAGUCUGGCUGCUUGGCUCCAGCCCCUGCUCUGGAAAACAUCCUGGAGGUCACCAGAACAACACAUUCUGGAAAACUGCUCAGCUGGAUUUGUGUUGCACAUGGAAACCGCCUGCAGGGGGCAUCCAAGAGCAACAGUGGAGCUGCUGGAUAUGAAGAAUAAAGGAGAAGUGAUAGAAGCUCCUCAAGUGUGGGAAUAAUCUGAAUUUUAGUCCGGGUUUUGGUUGAAGCUCUGCAGAUAAAAAAAAUAAACUUAAUGAAGUGCAGGAAUUAUCUCCAGAUCUGUUAAAUACUUUCACAGCCUGAAACUCUUCACACCGGGUGCAAGACCGUGCGUUCAAGCCACCACUUCCAAUAAAAAAGUCUAUGUAAAUGCACGUUUUAGGCUUCCGCCUUUAAAGUCCAAUUGAUGGUCCACCAGAACCUGCUUAUGUUCUGAAGUCAGGCUCGCCCAUAGCCGGGUUGCUGCUGUGCUCUGUACCGCCCCCUCCCCGUGGGCCGUUUGACCCACCACAGAUGUCUCCCUGACAUCUGAGUCCAGCAUCAGAACAUAAAACGGGUUUCUCCUCCCUUCAGGAGGACUGAUCGUCUCAGGUUCACCGUUUUUACCACAUGGCUUGUUGUUGCACAACGUUUCUUUAGGAAGGAGCUCCAGCCUGGUGGAAGCAGAGCUCAGGUAGGACAAAGGUAGAAUGCUUCUUUAGACCAAUGAAAGGUAUUUCAGCAUUCUGAAAGAAAAACUAAACGUGAGUGCAUGGCAUCUUAUACAAUGUGGAUUAUAUACCUACAAUUUCUCCCAAAAAACAAACGUUGAAAGAUUUGACAAUUAAAAUAGGAACAAAAACAGUGACAUCUAGUGGCCAAAUUGAACUACAGCAUCUGGCAUCUCAUUCAGAGAAGCAGUUCAUCACUAUCUGCUGCUUUUGCCAUUUUUGUUGAAAUGAGUGAACUUUGUGUUUGUGGAGCGUUCUUUUCUCUGCAUUGUGAGGUUGCAGUAAGCAGCUCUGAGCUCCAACAAGCUGGUUCUACCUCAGAUCACAGCUUUUAAAGGGUUUCCUGUUGUCAAAAAUACUCCGUGAAGGAAAACCUCUUAAAGUUUUUUUAAUCCAACGUGCAAAAACAUCAGAAAAAUGCGAUUGAACGAGCUAAAAGCCUUUUGUAAUCGACUUUUCCAACAACUGUGGCAUCACCAUUUUGUGUUUGUGCUGACGAGAUGAGAGCGGACAGGCUGGGGGGGCAUGGAGGGGGCGGAGCCAUGCUCUUACUACAGAGAGCACGGAGGAUGCUGAGCGAGAGCGGAGGAGAGGAGGCUGCUGGAUGGAUGCUGACGGAGCGCUCCAUCACUCUGAAGCAGGAGAACCAACGCACACCUGUCCCCGCGCUGCAGGAAGGGACACACAAUGACCUCAGGUGGCAGCACGCUGGGGGAGGAGCUAACGGAUGAGGAGAAGGAGAUCAUCAACGGCGUCCUGGCCCGGGCCGCCACGAUGGAGGCCAUGGAGCAGCAGAGGAUCCAGCGCCUCUCCAGUCGCCUGGACACCAUCAAGAAGACGGCGUGCGGGGACGGACACUCCCACUGCCUGCUCUGCGCGGCGUCCUUCGGGCUGCAGGGCGUGACGGCGGUCAUGUGUGCGCAGUGUAAAAAACACAUCUGCAGUAAAUGUGGGAUCUGGAUCAACAGCAGGCCGUCUCCCACGUGGCUGUGCCAGAUCUGCAAAGAGCAGCAGGAGAUGCAGAAACGUUCAGGAGCUUGGUUCUUCAAGGGGAACCAGCAGCACCAUCUGCCUGCCCCCCUGCCUCUGUCCGGACCGGCACAGUCCGGCACAGGAAGCAGCUCCGGUCCAGGACGCCAGAAAGCAUCAGAGGACGCGAGAAGGCGCCGUCAGGGACCCGAGCUCGGGGCGGAGCGGCCAGCAGGAGCGCCAGCUGACGGCUGCGCUGAGAUUCAUUCCGGUCAGGCAGCUGGAGUGAAGACGGAGCGCCGCGUGGCGCCGCCCGAACCCCCGCAGGCCGCCCCCACCUCAGGUCCGGAGGCGGAGCAAACGGCCCAUCCAGCCGUGGAGGAAAAACAACCACCCGCCUCCGUUUCAUCUCACCUCUCUGCCGCCACAGUGACUCCGCCCCUUCAUCCACCUGUCAGCAGCGCCACGCCCCCGAGGCCUGCAGCAGAACCAGCAGGAGAAGAGAACGACUACGACUCCGAUGACUCCACCACGCUGGGAUCUCUGGAGUUCAGUUUGCUCUACGAGCAGGAAGGCCACGCCCUCCACUGCUGCAUCAUCAAAGCUAAGGGUUUGAAGCCCAUGGACUCCAAUGGACUCGCUGAUCCCUACGUUAAGCUGCACCUGUUACCUGGAGCCAGUAAGUCCACCAAGCUUCGCACCAAGACUCUGAAGAACACCUUGAAUCCGGCGUGGAACGAGACCCUCGUCUACCACGGCAUCACCGAUGAAGACAUGGCGCGCAAAACGCUGCGGCUCUCGGUGAGCGACGAAGACAAGUUUGGACACAACGAAUUCAUCGGAGAAACCCGAGUGGCCCUGAAAAAACUGCACUUCAACCAGAAGAAGAACUUCAACGUUUGCUUAGAGAGAGUGAUCCCAGUGAAGAAGACGGCUGGAGGAUCGAUUCGCGGCAUGGCGCUCUAUGAGGACGAUCUGAAAGAGGGCGAAGACUCCGAGGAGAGGGGUCGCAUCCUCAUCUCACUGACCUACAACAGCCAGCAGGGCCGUCUGGUGGUGGGCGUGGUCCGCUGUGCUCACCUGGCUGCCAUGGACUCCAACGGAUACUCGGAUCCGUUCGUCAAAAUAUGUCUGAAACCAGAUAUGGGAAAGAAGGCAAAGAACAAAACCCAGAUAAAGAAGAAGACCCUCAACCCAGAGUUCAGCGAGGAGUUCAGUUACGAAAUAAAGCACGCCGACCUCGCCAAGAAAACUCUUGACAUCUCAGUCUGGGAUUACGACAUGGGAAAAUCCAACGAUUUCAUUGGGGGGUGUCAGCUGGGCAUCCAGGCCAAAGGCGAGUGCUUGAAGCACUGGUACGAAUGCCUGAAGAACAAAGACAAGAAGAUCGAGCGCUGGCACGUUCUGCUAAACGACAGCACCGCCCACUUUGAGGACUAACGCCCCCCUGUCCCCGUGGAACGUCAUCCUCCCUUCUCCUGGUUCCAUUCGGUGUCCUGAAGUCGCCUGUGACCCGCAUGGGUGUUGAUCUCUGGGCUUUUGGGAUUAAAAACGGAUGCUAACGAGUCAGAAUCAGCAUCGUAUCAUCAGUAAACCUCUGAACCUCGGAGCUCCUGUCAUAUCUCAUGAAGAAGAUAAGCUUUCUGCUAUCGCUGUCAUCCAGUGGCUAUGAGGUCAUCCAUCGGCGCUCCAGAUCGGGUUUCCAGUCACUCCAUCAGCUGAGCCACAGUGGGGGGUUACCUGUGUUCACCUGUGUUCACCUGUUCUCGUUCAGGAUGGAAACACGCUUCCUGCUUGUGUUGAUGUGAAACACGUUUGCUGUGCACGUGAAAUGCUUGGGUUUCAGAUGCUCACCUCCCCGUGUGCCCCCCCCCCCCUGUGACGUGUCUGAAUGCUGGACAAGCCUCUGCAUGGCAACCUCCCUAUGAAAUCAUUAUGGGGGGGCGGGGUCAAGCAACGUCUCACACCUCAACUUCCCGAAACGAGUUAAAGGUCAAACAUCUGUGGACGCAUGUCUGAGGCUAAAUAAAGAGGUGGCGCAUCA